AUGGCCGUCAUGGCCGUCUCAUCAGCGGCCCCAAUCGAAGAAUCCCACUCGCCAAGCCUCUUGACGCCCGUCAAAGUCGACCAAGACGGCACCGAGGACUCCAACUCGGUCGCCAUGGCCGGUUGCAUCGUCCGUGCUUGGGACGGCAAUCGAUGCGACGGCCGAAACCUGUACGCCUACGAGUACACAGUCUGCAGAACCGGCCGCGGACUUUUCGCCGGGGGUGGUUAUGUGUCCCAGUGCUUCAACGUCAACACGGGGCACGCGUGGAAUACGGGAACGGUUUGCUUCGGUCCUCGUUGA